AUGUCGCGCUCAGGAAGCCCCAAGAAGCCAAGGACGAGGAAUACAGCACCAGAUCCGGAUGCCACGCCGCGUCAAAAAGGAGCGGCGAGUCUCUCAGACGCCAGUUUAGGUUAUGCAUCAUCCGAGAGCGGGUCUAACAGAUCAAUUCCGAUUAGUUCUGGAUCCUCGAGCCCCAGGAAGCGGGAACUAGAGCUGCGCAAUGCAAAGCAAUAUCCGCUGCAGCGGAAGAGGAUUACGGCGGGUAUAGCUCAGAUCACGCCGCUCAUGCAAGACCUUGCACAUUUGAUCAAUGGUCCUACUAUUCCCUACAACAUGAAGACUGAGACUGGGUUAACAAUUGUUCUCACGACCAGCACGCAAUGUCGAAUUUACCCGGACCUCCGCGACCCCGACCCCUUCAUCACGGACGCAAGGAUCGACUAUGGCAUAUUUUUUGAGCCGCGAGAAGACUCAUCGCUUUACUCAGCCAUCAAGACAUUCAAAGCCCGCAACGAGAACAACCGAGUGGCCCAUGUUCAGCUGACCGACGAGCGAGACACGCCGCUGGCCAUCAGCAUCGAGACCAAGAAUCCGAAGUCGACUGGUGGCGGAGUUGCUGGUCCUGCUCAACUUGGGACCUGGGUGCGAGCUCACUUUCGACACCUGGAGUCUUUGCCUCGUGCUGAUCCCAAUAACCUUCCUAUGCUUCCUAUCAUCUUUGUAAAUGGGGCUGACUGGCGUGUUGAUUUUGCUCAGCGCACACCUGAUAAGCUGAUUAUCUGGGAGAGUAUUCAGAUUGGUUCCACAGACUCUUCGCACGGAUGUUAUGCUAUCAUCGCUGCUCUACAACGACUCGCUGGGUGGUGCCGAGAUGAGUACGCACCCUGGUGGGAGAAGGCUCUGGCUGGACUGGAAGGACCUGUCUAG